CGACUUAAAUCUCCUCAGGGAUCAAAUGCGCACAGAGCAGCAGAGACAGCUGAGCAGAGAACAUUCCCGCGCAUCAACAUCUCACACCUACAGCUCAGGAAUGGAACGAGGAUUGAUCCUGCUGGUUUCAGCGUUGAUGGCCUUUAUGGCCGCUGGUGUCCAAGGAACGUUUCAUCUGUCAUUUGCCAAUAAUACAGAGGUGAACAUCACUCGCAACGGCUGCGGCGUCUCUAAACUGUGCGUGGAGACGCCAAAUGACUGUGACCCUGCUGCCAACAGCACCUGUCUGUUCGCGUCUUUGACCGCCUCCACCCCGAUGGCCCCCAACGGCACCAUCCUGUCCGUCGAGCUCAGGGGAGAGUCCAUGGGAUACAUCGCACUGGGACUGACUCAGAACGCCUCAGAGGGCAUCACCGCGCUGUUCAUCUGUGCGCAGAACAGCUCGAACAAUGGGUCGUUCUUCUUCCGGACAAUGACCAGGAACAACCCUGACGGGAUGCUCUCUCCAGUAGAGACGAUCGUGAGAGAAAUUCGAGGCAUGGUGGUUGGCAACGUGAUCAAGUGCGAGUACGACAUCCCAAAUGUGAACGCCACCAGCACCAGAACCAGUCACAGUACAACCUUCCAAGUCCUCCUCGGGAAUGGAACUUUUGAUGGAAGUGUUCUUGGUAGAUUCAACACUGUCCUGGACAGCGGCACUCUGAACGUUGCAGACCCGAACAGCAACACCGCCGCUACAACCGCACCCACAACCGCACCCAGCAACAUCACAACAACAAUGAGCGGAGCUGACCGCCCUCAUGCUGUGCUGCUCCUGCUGACUGUCCUCACAGUGCCCCUCAUGCUCAGAGCCUAGAAGUCCCAGAGGAAGUUGAGGACGGUCGGACAUAAUGAAGACGGCUCAUGCGCUGGAUUUACGCAAGAGUGCCAAACUGUUUAUAAAAUGUUUUACACUGAACUUAUUUUCACCUUUUUAAAGUCUCUUUUGCACUAUGUUAGUACCUGAGAUGAAGCUCAAAAGUUAAAAAAAGCAUGAUAUUGAUAUGUUGUUUGCAAACACUGCUUGUGGUUUUAGUUACCUAUUAUUUAAUGUUUUUCUUUGCAUGGCCAUGGAAGUGGUGUUGAAACGGUUGUCUCACACUUGUGUAAAAAUAAACCUGUUGAUCUGGCACCACAAGCCUUUUUUCGCAAACAUACAGACUUCGGUGGAACGAGUUUGAGCUGUAGCCUGGCAGCCAACUUCGACUGACAAUCAACCAACAACCUGGAUGUCUUGAGUGCUCUGUGCAUCUUUGCUGCCAGGAAAGUUAUUAAUACGUUUUAAUAUUUACAUGUAUGUGUAUGUAAUGACUGUAAAUUAUUUGUUGAAAAGGACGACCUGAGGGGCUCCAUCUAAUCUAGUAAUAAAGGUCAAGCUGUUGUUCA